GGAUGAGAAAGGAGAUUACCAGAUAACUGGUCGGAUGGAUGAUGUAAUAAAUGUGACCGGGCAUAGACUUGGAACAGCUGAGGUUGAAGAUGUUCUAACAGAACAUGAUAAUGUUGCUGAAGCUGCUGUUGUCGGGUAUCCCCAUGAAGUGAAGGGUGAGGGUGUAUAUGCCUACGUAAUCCUGAAGCAAGGUGUAAACCUGGAUGAAGAAAAUAUUCGGAAUGAGUUAAAGCUUCUGGUAAAAUCUAAGAUUUCAGGGUUUGCUAUACCGGAGUUUAUCCUGUUUACUCCAGGUCUACCUAAGACCAGGUCGGGUAAGAUUAUGAGACGGAUCCUGAGAAAGAUUGCUGCAAACCAGAUGGACGAUCUAGGAGAUAUUUCUACACUUGCAGAACCAGAGAUCGUAGAAACUAUCAUUCAGAAACAUCAGAAGAAAUAGAAGAAAAUUGU